AUGGGCCUGCUGCUGCUGGGCCUGCUGCUCCUGCCCUGCGUCUCCGGACUGCCCUUCUACAACGGCUUCUACUACUCCAACGGCAGGAACCCAGGCAACGGCCAUGGGCAAGGCCUCUUCAAUGGAGUGAAGCUGGUGGUAGAGAUGCCCGAAGAGACCCUGUUCACCCAUCGAGGGGCCAAUGUGACCCUGCCCUGCCACUACCACUACGAGCCAGCUCUGUUCACCCCAAGGCCCGUGCGCAUCAAAUGGUGGAAGCUGUCAGAGAACGGGGCCCCAGAGCAGGAUGUGCUGGUGGCCAUUGGGCUGAGGCACCGCUCCUUUGGGGACUACCAAGGCCGGGUGCACCUGCGGCAAGACAAGGAGGGUGAAGUCUCACUGGAAAUUCGGGACCUGCGGCUGGAGGACUAUGGGCGCUACCGCUGUGAGGUCAUUGACGGGCUGGAGGAUGAGAGUGGCCUGGUGGAGCUGGAGCUUCGGGGUGUGGUUUUUCCUUACCAGCCUCCCCAGGGCCGCUACCAACUCAACUUCCAUGAGGCCCAGCAGGCCUGCGAGGAGCAGGAUGCGGUGGUGGCCUCCUUCGAGCAGCUCUUCCGGGCCUGGGAAGAGGGCCUGGACUGGUGCAACGCAGGCUGGCUGCAGGAUGCCUCAGUGCAGUACCCCAUCACGCUGCCCCGGCAGCCCUGCGGUGGCCUGGGCCUGGCGCCCGGCGUGCGCAGCUAUGGUCCACGCCACCGCCGCCUGCACCGCUAUGACGUGUUCUGCUUCGCUGCUGCCCUCAAGGGGCAGGUGUACUAUCUGGAGCACCCUGAGAAGCUGACUCUGACAGAGGCAAGGGAGGCCUGCCGGGAAGACGGCACCCAGAUCGCCAAGGUGGGCCAGCUCUUUGCUGCCUGGAAGUUCCAUGGCUUGGACCACUGCAACGCUGGCUGGCUGGCAGAUGGCAGUGCCCGCUACCCUGUGGCUCACCCCCGUCCCAACUGUGGGUCACCGGAGCCUGGGGUCCGAAGCUUCGGCUUCCCAGACCCGCAGAGCCGCUCAUAUGGCGUCUACUGCUAUCGCCAACGCUAGCACCUGGGGUGGCCAACGCUGUACCUGCUCCGUUCCCUCAUGGGCUGUGUAUUUAUUGAGUGGUUCAUUUUCCCGUGCAGGUUGGGGCAAUUUCAGUAUUAUUAGUAUAUCUAACAGAAUCCAGCUCCUCUCUUUGCUCAGGUGAAGAGCCCAAGGCUCCCCUUCCAGGAACCCUCCUGUCCUCUCAUCUGGGACAUGUGGGGUUCAUGGGUUUUUAGAAGGCUCUUGGCAUCAGUGAAUCCAGCCUGUCUCCCUGCCCCGAUGAGGCUGAUGCCCAGAGUGGGCAUGUUCUGCCAGGGUGCACAAGGUGUCGGGGUGCAAUGGCUGCAGCUCUCCCUCCGCCUCAGCCUGGGGAGGGAGAGGACAUGGCGGGGGCUGUGGAGCUGGGCUUUGGGCCAUGCAGUCUCCUGCCCCCUCCUGCUGCUCUGUGAAGUUGCUGGCCCAAAUCAGCCCCACUGAGGAGCUGGAGCCUGAAGUGGGUCCUAGGCUUCCGGGUGAGAUCCAAGGAAAGGGAGAAAUCCCCCUCCUAAUUCUCCCCUCCUCUUUUGGUUCCAAAGAGUCUGUGUUUUGUUUUCAUUUUUCCCUAUUUGGGGAGCAGCCCUCAGGUGUGUGUACUUUGUUUGGACAAUAAAUGGUGCUGUGACCCCUUCCUCCCUCCCCAGC